AUGUACGCCUUCUACUCCCUGCUGGUGUACAUCAUCUACACCUUCUUCAGGAAGCGGCCCUCUGCAGGGAGAGUGGAGGGGCCCUAUGAACAGGGGCCCCAGAAGGACGAAGACGCUGCCGGCGAGGCGCAGAAGAGCGCGGUGUGGUCAGAAGAGGACGAGCUGGAAAGCAGCGAUGACGGGAGCUCCGGAUUGGAGGAUGAAGUGGGCGGAGUUGGGGAUCCAGGUCUGGACGAUAUCUCCUCCCCUCUCACCGAAUUCUUGGCCUUCAAGCAGGAGACGGAACGAUCGAUGUCUGCCGCUCCGAGUCCCCGGGAAGGGCUCCUCUCCGCUCCUCACCGUCAUGUCCCACCUGAUCACCUUCCUGGAGCAGUACUCCCAGAUGCAGCGCCUGCAGGGGAAGGCGGAGGAGUACCGCACACAGCUCCGCAGGGAGGAGCGCCGCCGCAAGAGGCAGAUGAGGAGCCUGAGACACGCCCACCGGCAACGCAUGAGAGACAAACUCAGCCUCAUCGAGAGCCUGGAGAGCGUCAUCUGCGAGCAACAGAGCCUCCUGGAGAGGCUGCAGAAAGGUGUGCUGUACUCGGGGUACUCAGUCUCCCCCCUGCCCCCCGUUGGGGUUCACAAGCUGGUGGAGUCGAUCAGUGUGCUGCAGGGGGAGCGAGCGCAGCUACAGGUGGAGAUUGGAGAGCUGAAGCAGGACAUGGAGGAGAGGGAGAGGCAACGCCAGAGGCUCUCUGAUGAUCUGCAGCAGCAGAUUGAAGAGUUGAAGGAGAAGAUUCAGCAGAGAGAAGAGGAACUGACUCAGCUCCGGGCAGAAAUGGGUGUCACCGACUCGGAGAAGCACAUCCAGAACCUCAGUGUGGAGAACCAAGGCCUGAAGAGGAGUCUGAGCGUCACUCAGGGCCUCCUGGAGAAAUUGGCCGCCAUCAAUUCCCAGCCCUCCGCCCACCUCAUGAAGGAGAAACGAGGAUCUGCGCAGUAAGGUGCUCCACCUGGAGACGACGCUGCAGGAGAAGGUGGAGCAGCUGGUCUACACCAAGGGCCACAUGGACACCCUGCAGUGGCGGCGGGAGGAGGAGACGCGUCAGCUGGAGGAGAAGAUCCAGGUGCUGGAACUGUCGCUGGAGAGCGAGAGACACAAAGCUCCAGAUGUGCAGUACGUGACGCAGACGGUGGAGGUGGAAUCCCCCACAUUGAGGACCAACUUAGCCCAGGCGGAGGAGAGGAACCGAAACACUAAUGGACCAAGUGUCCAGCCACGGAGAGCGAUGCCACCAGCUGGAGGAGCAGCUCAGGAGAUCCGAGGACCUCACCAGUGGCCUGCAGGCCAAGAUUUCCAGCUACGAGGUGGAGAUUGAGAAGCUGAAGGAGCACCUGAUGCAGGAGAUUCACCAGCUGGAGGCGCAGAAGGAAGAAGCCAUCAAAGAGGCUUCGGAAUGCUCUGAGCAACACAUGGACACUCUGCGUGAUCAGCUGAUAGGUGUGCAGAGCCGCCUGGUGUCACUACAGCCAGUUCUGAAGAACAUGAAGACCAACUACAACAGUCUCAGGAGCCAAGUGAGGAACUUCUCCCAGUUCUAUGAAGCUUCUAUCCAGGAGGCCCGAAGGCAGAUAUGUAACGCCGUGACAAAUGUGUCAGAAGCCAACAAAGAUCUCUUGCAGAAAUAUCAGCGGGAGGUGCAAUUACGGAAGAGAUAUCACAACCAGCUUGUGGAGCUAAAGGGAAAUAUCAGGGUGUUGUGCCGAGUGCGACCACACAAGGACCUCACUGACCAGAAGAGCUCCCAACUCUCCGCCAUCAUCACUGAUGUCAAUGAUGACACCAGAACGUCCAUCACCUAUAAAGGGAAGGAGAAAAGCUUCGAGUUGGAUAAAGUCUUCUUACCGGAAGCCACCCAAGAAGAGGUCUUCAUGGAGAUUGAACCCGUGGUCACAUCCUGCAUCAAUGGCUACAAUGUCUGUAUCUUCGCUUAUGGACAGACCGGUUCUGGAAAAACAUACACCAUGGAGGGGACAGCAGACAAUCCUGGGAUGAACCUUCAGUCCCUUCGGGCCCUGUACCAGGAGAUGGAGGCACGGAAGGGCCUGUGGAGUUAUGCCGUCACACUGAGUAUGGUGGAGAUCUACAAUGAGGUCAUCCGAGACCUUCUCUCCCGGGACCCUCAGGACAAGCUGGACAUCAAGCUCAACCCAGAUGGCAGCGGUCAGCUUCAUGUGCCAGGCCUGACCAGUAUGGAGGUCAAGAGUUUUCGCCACAUUAAAAAGCUCCUGGCCCUAGGGAGGCGCAACCGAGCCACAUUCUGCACCAACAUGAAUGAGCACAGUUCUCGCUCCCACGCCCUACUGACCAUCACCAUCACUGGCCGAGAAUUCAGCUCUGGGGCCAUUACUACAGGAAAGCUGAAUUUGGUGGACCUGGCCGGCUCGGAGCGGGUGUGCAAGUCCGGGGCAGAGGGCGAGAGGCUGAAGGAGGCCCAGAAUAUAAAUAAGUCCCUGCUGGCCCUGGGUGAGGUGAUUCAGGCCUUGAGAGCCAAGCAGUCCCACAUCCCAUUCCGCAACUCCAAACUCACCUACCUGCUGCAAGACUCUCUGGGCAAAGGGAACAAGACCGUCAUGAUGGUCCAGGUGUCCCCCCUGGAGGAGAACAUCGGGGAGACCGUCUGCUCCCUGAACUUCGCUCAGCGUGUCUGUAAAGUGGAACUGGGCCCGGCCUCCCGCAAGAUUGACACCGCCACUGCCAAGGCAGAGAUAUGA